AUGGACAAUAAAAUCGCAGAGAAUGUUCUCGGUACUCUAGGCGCAGUUUGCUGGUCUAUCCAACUUCUUCCUCAAAUAAUCAUAAAUUACAGGAGACAUGACACCGAAGGGCUACAAGGGUCAAUGAUGCUCUUGUGGGCUGUAGCAGGGGUUCCCCUUGGCGUGUACAACAUUGUGGAAGAAUUCAACAUUGCCCUACGGAUUCAGCCCCAAAUCCUGACGACACUUAGCCUCCUUACUUGGGCACAGUGUCUCUACUAUGGAAAGACUCAGAAAUACCGAGUUAUGAAAUGCUGUGUCGCAGUCACUUCGCUUCUGUUGCUGUUGGGCGGCAUUGAAGCUGGACUCAUAUUUGCCUUGCAAGCCGCAAAAAGCCAUGGAUUGGAGUGGCCUCUCAUUGUGAUGGCAGUUUUGAGUGCAUGUUUACUUGCAGCAGGUGUACUGAGGCAUUACUGGGAUAUUUAUGUCCACCAGACCGUUCGAGGAAUCAGCUUCAUAUUUGUUGGAAUUGAUGCUGCUGGGGACUUGUUUUCAAUCCUCUCUGUUUUGUUUGGAUCGCCUAUUGAUGUUCUUGGCCUAGUCAUCUAUGGAACUGAAUUGACACUUUGGGUGGGUAUAUUUAUUUGCGGUGCUAUUUUCAACCUCCGGCCUUGGAUUAAAGAGCGCUCUGUUCAGCGAGAUGGCAAUCUCCAGGACCCGGUGUCUCUGCAUCCAAUGCCAUCGUCGACUUCUGUGUUCAGGACCGCGUCCGGAUCUCAAGUGAUGGGAAGGAGGCCAUGGCAGAGUUCAUAA